UCAAAAAAAAAAAAGAAGAAAAAAGAGAUGGUCGCAUCCUCAUCUCUCAACGUCAAACCACAAGUAUUCAUCAAUUUCCGAGGAGCAGACCUGCGUAGCACCUUUGCCCCCUAUCUCCAUGGAGUCUUGCGCAGAAAUGGGAUCAAUGCUUUUAUAGACGAUGACUUGCGACCAGGUGAGGACCUUACGAAUCUUUUUGAAAGAAUUGGGGAGUCCACGGUGGCGGUGGCGAUCAUAUCGAGCAAGUAUACGGAGUCAGAUUGGUGUUUGGACGAGCUGGUGAAGAUAAAGGAGUGUGUGGAUCGACGCACGCUCUGGGUUAUUCCAAUAUUCUAUAAGUUACCUACAUCAAUUGUGAAGAAUCUGGAGGGCAGUUUUGGUCUUCAGCUAUGGGAGCUGUGGAGAAAAGAAAAUCACUGUAAUCGAGACGACCGGAUCCUUAAGUGGGAUGCAGCUUUGCAGGACGUUAGCAGCAAGAAAGCGUUGCGAUUUUUAGAAAACAGUAACGAAGUGGCUUUCGCGGAUAAGAUAGCAAAACAUAUCCAGAAUUACCUAGACGAAGGUAAACAGCUGAGAGAAGAAAAUCCUAGACCCCACGGAAAAGGAGGAGACAACCCUAAUCCUGAGGAGGGCUCUAACAUGGCAUCAAGCAGUAUCAAACCAGUACAACAAUGCCUGAAGCAAUUGGAAGAAAAGCUGGAUGUCGACUGAAAUGACGACGAAACUCGUUUUGGAGUUGUUGGUAUGGUUUGAAUUGGCAAAACUUAUAUGGCCGAGUGCAGUCCUGGCCGAGUGAUAUCUAGAGCUUAAGUCCUUGUAAUUCAUAUUACAUGUGUACGACAAAAUAUCACAUCCACAGAGGCUAAAGUUGCAAUAUACUUUUAUAAGAAUUUAACUAAGGCAGGCUGAAUUGUUAGAUAUAUUCUUUUUUUUUUGCUAAAUGUUAGAUAUAUUCUUUACAAUAUGAAUCCUUUAUUAUUAUUUUUUUUGAAUAUGUUAAAUUUAUUUUCA